UGUAUAUGAAUUGAGUGAAAGUUGUAUUAAAUUUUCUGAUCUUUUUCACAUUGAAUGCAUGAUUUAGACUUAGCUUGAAUCAUUAUUUGGUCAUCCUUUGGAGCGCCUACAAGUUCCAUUUCACAGACAUCCCAUGGUGUACUACCUUUCUAAGGGUAUAGUAGAUCAUAAUGCGACGAAGACGUAGUUCAGAAACAUCGUUGGAACAUCCAUUGCCAAAAAAACGUGUACAUAAUGAAGCGAUUCCGGAAGACAUAAAAUGUGGUGAUGUAAUUACAGAUAUUAAAUCCAAAAAAUGGCGUUUAGGUAAAUUAGUCGGAUCUGGAGCGUUUGGAAAAAUUUAUUUAGUAUCGGAUUCAUCAGACCGAGAAACCAGCGGCCGUGAAGAAUAUGUUGCAAAAGUUGAACCACAUGAUAAUGGUCCGUUAUUUGUCGAAAUGAAUUUUUAUUUACGAGCGGGAAAAUUGGAGAUGAUUCAAGAAUGGCUAAACAAGAAAGUAAUCCUUGACAUUGGCAUGCCGCAUUACGUUACAAUGGGAUCGUAUCGGACAUUAAAAGAUCGAUAUAGAUUCUUAAUAUUACCACGUUACGGUACCGAUUUAGAAACAAUUUUCCAAAAGAAAAAUAAACAAUUCAGCUUAAAAACUGUAUUAACUGUAUCUAUACAAGUACUAGACAUUCUUGAAUAUUUGCAUAGCAAAGGAUACGUUCAUUCGGAUAUAAAAGGCUCAAAUUUAUUACUGGGUACCGAUUAUAAAAAAGAUCGUGAUAAAUGGCUAAAUUAUUCAAAAAAAUUUAAGUCACAGCGAUUAAUUCGAGCUUGUGGUUAUCGAGAGAAAUGUCCCAAUCAAGUAUAUUUACUUGACUAUGGUUUAGCUAGUCGUUUUUUAACCAGUGACGGCGAGCAUAAAGAAUAUUGUGACGAUGAACGUAAAGCUCAUGCUGGUACCGUGCAAUUUUGUUCACGUGAUGCGCAUAGAGGAUGUACAUCACGGCGAUCUGACUUGGAAAGUUUAGGUUAUAAUAUGUUAUAUUGGUUAACAGCAAAACUUCCAUGGGAUCAUUUGUUAGAAACUGAUGAUCCGGAUCAAAUCCAUAGAUACAAAUGUGAUGCAGUGGAUAAUUUAGAGAAUUUCCUGACAAAUGUGUUAGGUAAUUCAUUUCCUACAUGUAUUUAUAAAUAUUUAGAUUAUGUGAAAAAUUUGGACUUUGAACAAAAACCCGAUUACGAUUAUUGUAGAAAAUUAUUGUGUACGGGCUUGAUUGAAUUUGGUUAUAGUAACGAUAAUUAUCUAGAUUUUGAUCAAAACUGUGAUAUGCUUAACAAGAAAAAAUUAUUACUUAAGAAAGUGAAAAAAAAUUCGGAAAAUAUACGUGGAAUUUAUAAAAUACCAACGAAAACGGCAAUGAUGUAUGAUCGUAAACCAUUUGGUGUAAACUCUCAAGUCAUGUUAAAAAAACCAAAAUUACGAUCACAUCCCAGAGAAUCACGUAACUCAUUCAAUUGGGCUGACGUUUUAUCUUCGAAUCCAGAAAAACUCAUCAAAAUGAGUUGUGAUAGUCGAUCACGUAAAAAUACAGAGAGUAGUGAUACAUAUGAAUCAAACAUUUUAAACAUAGAUAUAUCCAAAUUAAAUCCUACAUAUGCAAUGAUAGAUGUGAUAAAUCGAGCGCAAGAGCGUUUGAAUAAUAAUAUAAAAAGUAAUCGAUGGGAAAUAGGUGAUAAAAAGUAUGAAGGUUAUACACCGGUAAUGGAAUAUAUUUUUGACCGUAAAAUAACACGAGAAAAAGAAGAAUUAGAAAAAGAAUUGGAAAUGAUUAGAUUGGCUAAAGAAGCAGCACUCGUUGAAACCGCUAAAACAACUAUCAAUUCUAAUAAUCAGUCGCCAAUGAGGACACGAUCUAAGGGAAAAGCGGUUAUGUAUACAUUACCAACCACAUUAAAUAAAAAGAGAGAAAAGGCUAAACAAGCUAAGAAAAUUCGUGUAGCUGCUAUGACUGCGAAUCAUCCACGUAGCUGUUACAGUUUAAGAGGAUAACAUUUGAAAAGCAGUAUUAUGAAUAUAAUCACUAGUGAAAGAUUGGAAAGGAUUUCAAAACCAACUUCUCAGAAGUUUUGUAUAAAUUCUUAAGUAUAUUCCCUUUGAGUCUUUUUUUUCAAAUUUGAAUCUAUUUUUUUAAAAUAAGAAAUAUUAUGAAAAUUGUGAGAGUAAUUAUAAUUUUAUCAAUAUAAUUCGGUCAAAGUACGUGUUUCAAUUAACAAAUAUUUGCAUAUAGCUGAAAAUCGGUUUUUUUUUUAAAUUUUUCUGUCAAAUAGUAAGUUUCACCCUUAAAAUUGGUCGGAUAAAAUUGAUGUAGGAUUAAUUGGGGAUUAUCAAAUGUUAUUUGUAAUAAGGAGUGUCAUCCACUAAUUACGUUACAAAAGUUUUUUGCUUUUUGACUCUCCCUUCCUUGUCACAGAAGAUCACAUUUGUAAAGCCCCCUCCCCUUGAUGUGAUGUCACAUAUUUUUCAAUUUUAUAAUUAGAAAUAAUUUAUUUAAAGAAGCAGUUUCAAAUUUUUUUAUAUUUUCAUUCGAAAUAAUCUUUAAUAAAAUCUUUAAUAAACAUAAAAUCAAAUGACGCAUACGGUGGUACUUGCCGAAGGUCUCACAGUGUUAGUGAUAUUUUUUGUUUACAUAUAAAUAACGCGUUUUAAUAUUUUCAAUUUUAACAUGUGACGUCACAAAGCUAUCGAUCCCCUAGCCCUUGUCUCACGAUGUCACAUUUUGUUGCCUCCCCCCCUUAACAUGUGACGUAAUUUAUGAAUGGUCCCUAAUGUUCCCAACAUCUGUACCAAUUUUCAACUCUGUGCGAAUUAUUUUAAACCUACCACUAGGUUUUAAACUGAAUUGGCCGGGUUAACAAUUAGAUUUUUAUUUAAUUAAAUGACGAUAAAUUAAAAAAAAAUAAUUAACUUAAAAUAAGUUGAUAUUAUUUAUUUUUUGAUGUUUUAAAUUCUAUUCCUCCAUUAUUAAGUAUAAUUUAUUAUUUUUUAUGUUAAGAUUAAGGAACGAUAAUGUUCAUUGAGUAAGAAAAGGAGUUGAAGCAAAUAAAGUCUGUCACUUCUAACGUCUGUCUUAAUUUAGUGUAAAAUCUGCAAGAUCUAAUCUUUGUAUAAAUAAAUUAGACAUCGUUAUAGAUCGGUAUUUAGCUGGCUAGCAAAAAACAUAUCUAGUCCGAUAAUUUUCAUUCCGUUCACUUUGAAAAAUAAAAUUUUAAAUUGUUUUUCCAGUAGAAAAUUAAGUUCAAGCAUUGAACGUGUACAGCCUAAUUAAUAGAAUUCCCGUUAUUUCUGUGGAUUCAGCACCCUCAUUUUUUACUACAUAAAAAAAUGUCACGCGUUAUAUUUUAAACAAUUCAACUGAAAAUUUUUUACUAAAGAAUUUAGAAAAAAUUAUUCAAUUAAAAAUUGUUCUAUUCGAACUGAGAUAUUUCAUAGAGACCUUAAAUUUGACCUUGACUUCCAAGAUCGUUUAAAAUUCAACUUAAGUUUAUAAGCGUAGUAUUACAGUUAAAGUUUAAAUUAGAAAGUUAUUCUUUAUAAAAUAACAAACAAAUUUUGUUGGGAAUAUUGAUGCUAGUUUUUCCAUUUGAUUUCUACGGAAUCUAACCGGCUUUGAAAAUUGAUUUUUGCUUCAAUUCCACACACUGAUUUUUGCUUCGAUUUCUGCUGUAUGUAUUAGGGUUACAAAAAAAUAUUUCCAAUUAUCUCUUAUCAAUUCAGAGCAGUAGUUGGUUUGUAAAUGACUAGGUCAAGGUCAAAUUAAUUUACCUGCAUUGAAGCAUUUUUAAUUGAAUUGUUUGUUUAAAAUGUGAUAUUUGGAAUGAAACGGGUUCUAAAUUUACAGAGUAAGCAGCGAUUUUUUCAAGCUGAAUAAGACAAAUUAUAUCAAUUAAAAUUAUAAAAGUGAAACGAAUUAAACAAAUGGCGUACGAAUUAGUCACAUUGUCUUAAAUUUGAAUUUUUCCAAAUUUAUGUAGAUUAAACUAAUUAUAAAAUUAUUAUUGUAUGCCACAUUAAUUGAGCCCAAACAAUCCGACUAUUCCAACUAGAAUACCAAUCCUAUAACUAAGAAUGUGAAAAAUGUAACUGCAAAAUAAUGCCUAGUUUAUUUUUUCCAUCAACGAGUAUUUUCGUUCUUUGAUCUAUUUUCUUUUGUUUUUUUCUUAAUUAUUUUGACUAAAUAAAAAUUUCUUUAUAUACAGUCUUGUAAUUUUAUUUUGACGUACAAUAAAUUUAAACGAAAGUGGUCACUGUCGGAUUUGGUCUAAAAUCCGAAUUAGGAUAGACCUUCACCCACCUACUUACCGAAUGAAAGUUAUUUUUUAUGAAAUAUAAAAUGUUAACAAAUAUCCCUGCAAUGGGUUUCCUAAAAAAUGUGGUCAAGUUUACUUUUUGUGAAAAUACCAAAAGUAAAACUUGUUUAAAUUUUUCACUUAGCAUAUCUAACCAAUUUUACCCCAAAGUAAAACCAUAAGGAAUAUACAGCAGCUGAGUUGCAUCAAUACAAUUUGAGAAUAGUAAUUACGUUCAUCUGGUAAUUCAUUGACUCACUAUAAUAUCAUAUCUAAAUAAAGAUAAUUUUAUUGCAUUACGGUGGUAUAUGAUUUUUCCACGAAAUAUCGUUAAAAAAAUUAAGUUUACAAGCUUUCCAAGUUUAUCAAAGAUAUUUGUUAAUAUUUUACAUUUCAUAAAAAAUACCUUUCAUUCGAUAAACAAAUGGGAAAGGUCGGCCCUAAUUCGAUUCUUGUACUAAUUGUAAUAAUUAAAAAUUAUAAUUUUUUCCUUCGAUGUCUAGUAGAUGAGAAACGUAAAAGAAAAAAAUUUAAAAUUAUUUCA